UCUCCGGGCGACAACAGGAUUCUGCUUCGCGCCAACCAGUUGAACAAUUUCAUUACUUUUUUGACAUCUAACCGGACUGUAAACUGCGAGAAAGGCGACUUCAACAUGGACAUUAGGCGGUUCUUUGCACCAACUGCAGCCAAACCUGUGGUGCAGAAACCAGCCCCGAAUGGAAACACCAAAACAGAGGAGAAGAAAAAGAAGAAUCUGCCUUCUUCAGAUGAGGAAGUGAAAAAGAAAGAGACCACCAAGGUCAAAAGCUCCAAACAAGAGGACAAACGCAAGGACAGUGAGAAAAAAAGAAAGAAGCAUGCUGUCAUAGAAUCAGACUCGGAGGAUGAGCAGCCAACGAGGAAGUCAGUCAAAUCUCCCAAAGAGAAUAAGACAAAAAAGAAGACGGAGCUCCCUCUUAAAAAGGAUCCUGUGCAGUAUGUCUCUGAGUCAGAUUCAGACAGUGACACCUUUCAGAGUUUGAAGAAGGCCUCAAAAGCUAAGCAGAAUGGUUCAUCCAAACCAACGAAGUCACAGGCAGCAAGCUCUAGUCCAGGAACCAAAGCAGGGAUGAAAUCUCCUGUCCAGCCCUCCUCCAAGGGGAAAACUGCAGUUAAAUCUCCUCCUGUGCCUGUCACCCCCAAGUCAACCCCACCUCCUCCGCCAAAACACACCCCCACCUCAGUUCUGGACUACUUUGGCAGCGGGUCUGUUCAGCGCUCUGAGAAGAAGCUGGUGGCCAGCACCAAACGAAAGGCUCCAGAUCCGGUCAUGGAUGAUUUACUCACUGAUGAGCAAAUCGCCAGAGAGCUGCAGAUGGACGAGGAAAUGGAGCUUGAAAAGCAGGUCCAUGAGGAUGAGGAGUUUGCCAGAACGCUGGCCAUGUUAGAUCAGGAACCUCAAGCAAAAAAGGCGCGUAAAGGCUCCGAUGAAAAACGAGAGCCUGGCCCCAGUCCGACAAAAAGCAAACAGGCCGUCGUGUUUGAGGACGAGGACGAGGACGAGAUUGCUCCGACCCCAGAGAAGAAGCCCUCCCCUGUCAAAGCCAGCUCCAAACUGGCGAUGAUGAAGAAAAAGGCUGAAGAGAAACCUGAAGGGUCCAAGGCUAAAACACCAAUUUUCCCAACAAAAAUCAAAAUCUCUCCAAAAAAGGAGCCCAUCGCCUCCUCCAGCUCAGACAUGACGUUCACACCCAAAGCAGGGACCACGCCCAAAACUGUUAAAACUUCUCCCAAGAAACCAGAGAGCACAACUACGAGUCCUGAUGACCCAGAAAAGAAGAAAGCCAAUGCUUCAGCUUACAGGAACUUCCUCAAUAGAGACGGACCCCGGGCUCUGGGCUCAAAGGAAAUCCCCCAGGGUGCAGAGAAUUGUUUGGAGGACUGUGUGUUUGUGCUGACGGGGGUCAUGGAGUCCCUGGAGAGGGAUGAUGCCAAAGCCCUCAUUGAGCGCUAUGGAGGGAAGGUGACAAUCAGCCUCAGCAAGAAGACGACCUACCUGGUACAGGGCAGAGAUAGUGGAGUGUCCAAGCUGGAAAAGGCUGAAAGUUUGGGUACCAAGAUCCUGGAUGAAGACGGUCUGUUGGAGCUGAUCAGAACCAAACCAGGAAAGAAGUCUAAAUACGAGAUUGCUGCAGAGGCCGAGAACAAAGCAUCAAAGAGGAGGACUCCCCCCAGUAACAUAACAAAGAGCACCCCCAAAGCCCAGAAGAUCUCUCCCUCUAAAGGUAACUCUCGGUCGCCUCACACACCAAGCCCGUCAAAAACCGGCCUGGCACAAGGCCACAGGGCCAAGAACAAAGAUGGCAGCACUCCACCUGGGAGAGGCUCAGGUCACACAGCCAGGAGGGAACUGGGCCUUGCCUCUUCAACUUCCACCUCUUCUUCAUCUUCUGCUCCUGCAUCUUUAUCUGUAUCAACAACUGGGGAGGGUGCCAGUCUGUUGUGGGUAGACAAGUACCGCCCACAGUCUCUGAAGACUGUAAUUGGCCAGCAGGGAGACCAGAGCUGUGCCAAUAAGCUUCAACGCUGGCUGCAGAACUGGCACAAAAACCACUGUGGGAGUGCUGCCAAACCAGCAGCACCCAAGUUUGGUAAAUUUGGAGGAGGGAGAGAUGAUGGAUCAGGAUUCAAAGCAGCUCUGCUUUCUGGACCACCGGGGGUGGGGAAAACCACCACAGCUGCCCUGGUCUGUGAGGAGCUGGGCUUCAGCUACGUGGAAAUGAACGCCAGCUGUACUCGCAGCAAAAACAGCCUGAAGGAAGUCGUUGCAGAGUCACUGAACAACACCAGCAUAGAGGACUUCUACAAAGGACACUCUCAGACAGUGAGCAGUAAACACGUCCUGAUCAUGGAUGAGAUUGAUGGAAUGGCUGGCAAUGAGGACCGUGGAGGAAUCCAGGAGAUGAUCGGCCUGAUCAAAAGCUCAAAGAUUCCCAUCAUCUGCAUGUGCAACGAUCGCAACCACCAAAAGAUCAGGUCUCUGGCCAACUAUUGUUUUGACUUGCGCUUCCAGAGGCCGCGAGUUGAACAGAUUAAGGCAGCAAUGAUGUCGAUCGCUUUCAAAGAGGGAAUCAAGAUCCCACCCCCAGCACUUAAUGAAAUUAUCCUAGCCUCUAAUCAGGAUGUCCGACAGGUGAUCCACAACAUGAGUAUGUGGUCAGCUAGAGACAAGGUGAUGACAUACGACCAGUGCAAGUCUGAUGCAGCUAAAGCCCGCAAGGACAUGAAGAUGGGACCAUUUGAUGUUUGUCGAAAGGUGUUUGUCGCAGGGGAGGAGACUAGCCACAUGAGCCUCAUCGACAAGUCCGAUCUGUUCUUCCACGACUACUCACUGGCACCGCUCUUUGUGCAGGAGAACUACCUGCAUGUUCGGCCUAAAGCUGCAGGUGGUGACCUGAAGUCUCACCUGGUGUUGCUCAGUAAGACGGCUGACUCCAUCAGUGAUGGAGACCUGGUGGACAGACGGAUCCGCUCAGGGCAGAACUGGUCUUUGCUUCCAACCCAGGCCAUCUAUGCCAGCGUGCUACCAGGCGAGCUCAUGAAAGGCUACAUGAGUCAGUUUCCCUCCUUCCCCAGCUGGCUCGGCAAGUUCUCGUCCACAAAUAAACAUUCCCGCAUCAUCCAGGAGCUGUCCUCACACAUGGGUCUAAAGACUCUGAGUAGCAAACAGGCAGUGAACCUGGACUACCUGCACUACCUGAGGCAGGCGCUGCUGAGCCCGCUUCAGAAGAAAGGAGCAGACGGGGCCAGUGAUGCUGUGCAGCUGCUGGACGACUACCAGCUAAUCAGAGAGGACGUGGACAGCAUCAUGGAGAUCAGCGUGUGGGGUGGGAAAGCUGAUCCCUACUCCAAACUAGACUCUAAGGUAAAAGCAGCAUUCACACGGGCUUACAAUAAAGAGGUCCACCUCACGCCGUACUCCCUACAAGUAGUGAAGAAAGGCCGGCGUGGUGGUGGCGGCGGUGGGGAUGCUGAGCUUGGAGGAGAGGAAGUAGAAAACGAGGUGCAGGAGUCUGAGGAAGAAGGAGAGGGCUUGAAGACAGACGCCAUGAUCAAACAGAAGAAGGCCAAAGCCACCAAGGAGACAAAGAAGGUGACGAAGAAAGAGACAAAGAAGGAGGAUUCUGGAAAGGGCAAAGGCAAGGGGAAAGGCAAGGGCAAGAAAUAACAGAAUGACUAGAUGAGGAAAACCAACAGCCCCAUUCUGCCUCCCCUCCACCCGACAGACUGUCUUUAACUCUCUCUGUGCUUGCAGAAAUCCUCGAAUAAGCAUCAGAAAUUAGUGAAAGUGGUUUAACUGAUCACAUCAAGCACUUGACUCUUACCUUCUGCUGAGAAAUGACAUCACCUUUUUUAAACUUCCUGUCAUGUUUUCAACAGAGCCCUCCCAUACUCAACAAAUGAUGCAUCUUAUCUGCUUGUUACAUCCCUUAUCAUGUCUGUACAUCUCUGUAGUAACGUGACUCGACAGGAAUUAAGUGCAUUAUCGCCUUCAUCGGUUUGGGAUCAAAGGUGUGGAGGCUGUAAAUAAUGUGACUCUGAUGGACAAGACUAUUACCUCGGCUACUUCUUCAGUGUAAUGAUGCUUUAGCUCCACGGUUAGAUGUUCCUGUAUAGUUCAACUUUGUAUAAAUGUCAUGAUAAGUAGAGGCGUGUGGCUCAUGAGUGUCUGUGAUUUUCUUUCUAAAAUAAGAGAUAAACAUGCCAUGUUCUAAAGUAAGUUUUUUAACAAUAA